AAUGGCUGAUAGAAGAACUAAAUUUAAAAUUCCUGGGAAGAAAAUAAAUAGAGAUAAAAUCUCUAUUCAAACUAUACAGCAAGAAAAAACGACGACUACUUCAACUAAAGGCAAACCAAAUUUAAAAAGGAAAAAAGACAAGUGUAACGAAGAUAAGCAUAACUCUCUUGUUAAUGAACAUUCAUCUAACUUGGAUGAUACUGAAAAUAAGCACAGAAUAAAAACAGAUAUCUUGCCAAAGCAUAAAAAGCCAAAACUAUCACCUGCUAAACUAAAAAAUGAAGACAACUGCAUGAAUGAAGACUAUCACUCUUUAAAUAGCAUUAUAGAUUACGAAGAAGAAAAGAAAUAUUUGAUUCCAGUCUCUAAUCAUGCAGAUAAUUCUCCAUCAAAUGUAGUUUCUCCAGAAAUGGGAAACAGAAAAGUAAAUGACAUCAAGAAUCCAGAUUCUAAUAAAAACAUGAGUUUAAUUACAGAUAAUUCACAGGAUGCAGUUUUAUCUAAUCACAAUGCAAAAUGUUCAGCAAUGGAAAUAUCCUUUGAUACACAACAAACAGUCAAUAAGCUGAAACCUUCUACAUUAUGUUUUGAAGAGAUUUUCUGUAAUAAUGAACAUUAUAAGCCAAUUCACAAAGAAAAGGAAAAUAAAAUGGAAGAAAAGGCUAUCACAUCUUACACUAAAAAAGAAAAUGAAUGCAGAGAGCUUGGAAAAUUUGAGGAUAAAAGUAAUAGGGUAUUUACAACAAAAGAACAAGAAAUAAACUUACAAAAUGAAAACGAAAAUGAAUCAAACGAAAAAAGUGUUGAGGCGACUGAAGAAUUAAAAUCAAAAAUCAAGCCACAGAUAGAAAAACUGGAAGUGGCUGAAUUUUGUAAAGGAGCUGUAUCAGGUGCUAUGAAUGAAGGCAUUGAUACAAUUAUAGAAUGUGUUAAUCCCUUGGUAACAGAUAAUAACAACCUUAGUGUUAUACCUCAAACAAAAUCCAGUGAACUUGCAAUAUAUAAGGAAAGUAAUAUUGUUAUGAGUGAACAAAGUACAUGUUUUAAUCAGAAAGAACAGAAUGCUAAUCUGAAUAAAUCUUCUGAAUACGAAGUGGAACAAAAUUCAAAUACACAUGAUGAAAUGAAUGAAAGCAUUAUAGAAACGCAGAAAAUAACAUAUGUAAUGACAGAAAGAAAGAACACAAUCAAAGUCAUAGAUACAUCAAAUUUAAAGGCAGAAGAAUGCAAAGUUAAGCAAAACACACUACCUAAUAACAAUAGCAUUAUUGAAUCAACAGAUUCAGAUAAAAGAAACAAAUUACAGCUCGAUGCAGAAUAUAAAACAUGCAUAAACAAAGAAACAAUAUUCAAAAAAUUAUUCACGAUUCCUCAUAUUAAUGCAUUAGAAUAUGAUAAACAGUGCAAAUAUAAUGUUGAUUCGGAUAUGAAUGUACAUGAUAAAACAACUUUAAGAUUUAUUAAUAAGAAUGAUAAUCAUUUACAUUUUCCCUUAAGAGAAAAUCAGUGUCAAAAUAAUAUAGAAGACAUACACCAUUCAACUAAUAUAGAAAGUGUACAUAUCUUAGAAGAUAAACAGAGCAGUAACGAUAUGAUGAAUAAUAAUGGCAAAAUGAAUAAAAUUAAAAAUUUUAGUGAUGAAGAACGAACGGCAGAAACGCCGCAACAUUUAACAGAAGAUAAGAAAGGUAAUGCAAAUGACAGUACAAAACAAAUACAGGUGUCAGAUCUAAGCAAAUAUUCAAAUACUAAACUUCAAAAUAAUAUUGCAAAUGAAAAUAAUUUUUCCUCUUCUCAUCAAAUGUUUAACACUAAAUCCUCCAAAUUAAUUAAGGAACUUCAAGAAAUUUCAAAAAACAUAUUCAAAGAAAAUAUAUUUGAUGAAAAAGAGCUGAAAACAGGGAGCAUUGUUUUGAAUGAGAACAUGGAGAAAGAUGAGGGAAAUCUUAUUCCUAUUGGAAAAUUUGCACAUCUGAAUGAAUUGUUCCAGUACAAUAAAGAUACAGAAAGUGUUGAUGUAAAAAAUUUAUCAAUUCAGGUUAUUGCUAAUUCAAAUGAACAUUCAGUUGGAAUAGUGGAAGACAAAGCAAAUCAACGUUCUGAUCAAACAGAUUCUGAAACAAAAAUCAAUAACCCAAAUAACAUAAAAAAUGAUAUUGGAAACCUAAUAAAUGCACCUUUUUUAACCACAGCAAUGGAUUAUAUUAAAGCAAAAUCAGAAGUCAUUCUAUGUAAAGAUGUUACAAAUAAUACAAAAAAUAUAAACACACAAACUUCCAUAAAAUCUCCACAGGAAAUAACACAAAUAUUUUCAACUGAACAAAAUGUAAAAGAGAAAGACGAGAAAGACGCUACCAAACAAGACAUAAAAGAAAAAGACCCUGCUGAUUUUACUGAAACUGAUGAUGACUUGGAUAUGGAUGAUGGCUUUGCACUGACUGCUUCACAAUUAAGUAUGCUAGAGGCCAAUGAAAAAAUGGAGAUGCAUUCUUCUUCUAAUAAAAGCACCAGCCAACAAACAGAUAAAAGUGAUUAUAUUUGGCAAGAAAACAAUUAUGUGGCAUCUGAAAUAAUAAAAGAGCUCCGUUUUUUGAGAGAUGAAAUGGCCACUAUAAAGAAACUCCUACAGGAAUAUGUUGAAAAGAAAAAAUAAUUUUUCUUAUUUCUAUAAGAGCUACAUUGGAGAAUUUAUUCCCUCCCCCCUAUAUGGCGUUUCUUAUUAUACCUAAAAGGAAAUUAUUUUAUGCUUAUGAAUAUAUACAAUAAAAGUUCAAAAAAUAA